GGUAUGCAUAUUUUCGUGGAUUUGUAUUAGUUGUUUAUUUGAAUUAUUGAUUGAAAGACACGUACACACAAACACAAACACACACACGUACACACACAGAGAUAGAUAGAUUGACAAAUGUCAAAUCAAGUAUAUAAUGAUUUCACUGUGGUACUCUACAGACGUCGAUGGUUCGCACUGUUUAUAUUUUGUUUCUGUUCAUUUUCGAACGCCUAUCAAUGGAUCCAUUUGAAUAUUAUUUCUGAUCGAGUGCUGUUUUUCUGGGGUGCUUCAAUUCCUGGUUCAACAGAGGAUGUCCAUCAAAUUGCUGUUGACUGGUUGUCAAUGAUCUAUAUGCUCACGUAUAUCCCACUAAUCUUUCCAUCGACAUGGAUACUUGAUAAAUGGGGUCUAAGAGUGACCAUGCUGGUCGCUACAGCAUUGAAUGCAGUCGGUGCAUGGGCUAAGUGUAUCGCUGGUGCAGUGACUUAUGAACCACGACCAAGCUUAGCUAAUGAAACUCUUCCAUGGGAUCAUAAACUUGGUUUUCCAAUACUUAUGAUUGGACAGACUAUUUGUGGGAUUGCUCAAUCAGGCAUUCUGGGGAUACCAGCACAUUUAGCCGCGAUAUGGUUUGGAGAGAAUGAAGUUUCCACAGCCACGUCUUUCGGGGUUUUUGGAAAUCAGAUUGGUGUAGCAGUCGGCUUCCUAAUACCUCCACUUAUUGUACCUAUGCUGCCUUAUAUUACGGAUACAUCAUCAGGCAAUCCAACAAGUAUACUUGAUCCAGCUGUUGAUGUUAUUCAACUAUUCGCCAAUAUGAAAUAUUACACAAUGAUAUUAUUAUAUUUCAGUGCUGCAUUAAACACCCUACCAUUUCUCCUGGUGAUAUUUUUCUUUAAAGCAAAACCGCCUACAGAACCAAGUUUAGCCCAGUACAAACGUUCUGCUACACAACCAGAUAAACAGAAACUAAAACUCGAGGAUAAAUCAGACGUCUUUCAUUCGAAUGGUUAUACAAAAUCACCUGAAGCCAAUCAUAUCUCAUCACCUUUAAAUGAAAUAGCCAAUAUCAAUUCGACAACAACAACAACGAAUGCGACUCCCGCCAAAGUAGCAUCUAAGAAUGGUGAUACUGCUGAUCAACUGAUGACGGAUAAUUUUGUUGUUCAUAUUGCUCUUGGUCAACAUGGCGACAAAAUGUAUGCCGAUAAUAGUAAAGAGAAUCCUUCAUAUGAAUCCCUACAACAAUAUGGUAAAAAUGCUACAAUUCUAGCCGCUUUGAAACGUUUAUUCACUAAUGUAGGAUUUGUACUAUUAUUUUUAAGUUAUGGUAUAAUUACUGGUGUUUAUUAUGCAGUGGGUACAUUAUUAAACAAUAUCCUUUUGGAAUAUUUUACUGAUUCUAGUCUAUUUGGAUGGGCUGGUUUUACAAUGAUUGUCGCGGGUAUCUUUGGAUCAAUUUUAGGCGGUGUUAUAUUGGAUAAGACAAAAAAAUUCAAACUAGUAACCUGUGCUAUUUAUAUACUCAGUUUAAUAUGGAUGGCUGUUUUCACAGGAAUAUUGUAUCUACGUUCAAUGCCAUUAGUAUUUGUUUCCAUGUUCUUUUUAGGCUUUUUUAUGACAGGUUACUUGAGUUUAGGUUUUGAAUUAGCCGCUGAAUUAACCUAUCCAGAAAGUGAAGGUCUCUCCUCUGGUCUAUUGAACACUUCAGCACAGAUCUUUGGCCUUAUUUUAAUUCAUGUGGCAACUACACUGAGAACACAUCAUGGUGUUCUACCUGGCAAUCUGUUUCUCACUGCUUUAUUAGUACUUGGAUCAAUAAUGACAGUAUGUAUUAAGGAGAAUCUUCUUCGUCAACAAGCUCAUGAACGUACUACAGAACAAUAAAUAUGCACACACACACACUAUCGAUGAGUAAACUAUUGACGAAAGAGAUAUCAUAAAGAUCGACUAUUAUUUCGUUGUUAAGAUGCAGCCUCGACUAAUUCAGAGAGAGAAGUACCCAGUCAAUCGUCAAUCUAUCUAUCUAUCUAUCUCUUUCUAUCUUUCUAUCUCCUAAGUGCUUUACCAAAAGCCCUACCUUUUGGUUUACAUUCAUAAUUCGGUGACUUUACACUUUAAAUUGAACUCUAGCUCUUUGAUUUAUUUAAUGUGUGUGUUUGUGUGUAAAAAGUGAACAUUGAAUUAUUACAGAAUGUUUUACCUCUGGUCUGUAUUCCAUCAUCAUCAUGUCAAAAUGUCUAGAAUGCCACAAGUAUCCUUCAUUUUCUUUUCGAACGAUUGGUUAUUUCUACUUCCUAUUACUACUAUUAAUACUACUGAUAAAAUAAAGAUUACGAUUAAUGUAAUACUAAGUAACUCACCAAGAUCUGAAAGAGAUAGAAAGAUGCAAAACACAUUUCCUCCAUCAUUUUCAAAUUUCUAAAUUUUCAUUUAUUAGUUGACUAAUAUUUUUAUUUCGUUUUUUUGUUUUGUUUUGUUUUAUUUCAUUCUUGAUUUGUUUGAUUUUGUAGUGAGACUAUUUUUCACUUUUUUUCACUUUUUACUAUGAAUUAAGUAUUGUUAUUUUCUAUAUGAUGACUUAGUUUUCUACUUGUUUUUUGUUUGAAAAAUACACAUAUAUUGAAACAUUGAACAACCGCCAAAAAUAAACAAACAGAUUCUCAUGUUCAAUAUUCAACAAUCUUCGUUUUUUCCAUUGUUGUUGUUCUUGUGUUAGUGGUGGUGGUGGUUGUUUUUUCCCCUUCAUUUUGAUAAUACUGCUGUUGUUGUUGAUAAAUCCAACCAUCAAUCACUCUUUUGAGUCUUUUCAAAAUGGACGAGUAGCGGGAAAUUUGAAUUUGGCGGGAAUUUGAAAUUUUUGGCGGGAAACACAUACAAUUCACCGUUAUUGAAAAUGAAAUAUUUGAAAUGAUUUUUUCUCUUUGGUUUUUCAUAUUUGAAUCGCUAUCCCUUUCUUUUCUUUUGAAAUUUGACCAAUACAAAAUAGAUUAAUGUUUGUAUCUUUGAUCAAUUUUCAAAUACUGAAAGUGUGUUAUGUAUACUUUAUUUUCUGUAUUCGAUAGAGAUUUUUGUUUUCGAUGAGAUAAUCAUUUUGUUUUAUUCAUUUUCAGUUUUUGUGUUUGUUUAUUUGUUGUUUGUUAUUUUGUUUUGAUUUUUGAUUACGUAAUCACAGAAGAGAAUAAUUUUCUUUAUAAAAAAGACAGAGAAAGAACAUAAAUAAAUGGUACUAAUGAGAAA